UUACAUACAGGCGAGAAGCAGAGAUCGCGACGUUACGUCGUAGCCAUUUUGUUUCACCGGGAGUAAAGAAAUCAACCUGAAAAAAGCACCGGCGUGAAUAUUUUCCUUUAUUUGGAGCACCCUCAACACGGCGGAUCAGCAUCGUGCACCCAAGUUUAGAUUCGCAUGAUGUCUGGAGACAUGGCCACAGAUCAUGUAAACGGGAAUGGGACAGAGGAACCAAUGGACACUACAGCAGAGGUGACCCGCUCAGAACAUUUCCCAGCCCUACUGGAGGCUGGUUUACCUCAAAAUGUGGCUGAGAAGUUAGAUGAACUUUACGUUGCAGGCCUAGUAGCACAUAGUGACCUAGAUGAAAGGGCUAUUGAAGCUUUGAAAGAAUUCAAUGAGGAGGGAGCCCUGCAAGUGCUGGUCCAGUUCAAGGAGAGUGAUCUGUCACACGUGCAAAACAAAAGUGCCUUUCUCUGUGGGGUGAUGAAGACUUACAGGCAGAGGGAGAAACAAGGGACUAAAGUUUCAGAUUCCACUAAAGGACCAGAUGAGGCUAAAAUCAAAGAGCUCCUGGACAGAACCAACUACACACUUGACGUUACAACAGGCCAGCGAAAGUAUGGCGGGCCCCCGCCUGAGUCAGUGUACUCUGGUGCCCAACCCAAUGUUGGAACAGAGAUAUUUGUCGGAAAGAUUCCCCGUGACUUGUUUGAAGAUGAGCUGGUUCCUCUCUUUGAGAAGGCUGGGCCUAUCUGGGAUCUCAGGCUAAUGAUGGACCCUCUGAGCGGCCUGAACAGGGGCUACGCCUUCGUCACAUUCUGCACUAAAGAAGCGGCCCAGGAGGCGGUGAAGCUGUGCAAUAAUCAUGAGAUUCGCCCCGGCAAGCACAUUGGGGUGUGUAUAUCUGUCGCCAACAACAGGCUAUUUGUUGGUUCCAUUCCCAAGAGUAAAACAAAGGAGCAAAUUGUUGAAGAGUUUGGUAAAGUCACAGAGGGCCUCAGUGAUGUCAUACUGUACCAUCAACCCGAUGACAAAAAGAAGAACCGAGGCUUCUGCUUCCUUGAGUACGAAGACCACAAAACAGCUGCUCAGGCUCGUCGACGGCUAAUGAGCGGCAAAGUGAAGGUCUGGGGCAAUGUAGUGACAGUAGAGUGGGCCGACCCCAUCGAAGAUCCUGACCCAGAGGUCAUGGCCAAGGUGAAGGUUUUAUUUGUGAGAAAUCUGGCCAAUGGUGUCACAGAGGAGAUUCUGGAAAAGUCCUUCAGCGAGUUUGGAAAACUGGAGCGAGUUAAGAAGCUCAAAGACUACGCCUUCAUUCACUUUGAAGAGAGGGACGGUGCAGUGAAGGCAUUGGAAGAAAUGAACGGGAAGGAGCUGGAGGGAGAGCCCAUUGAGAUCGUCUUUGCCAAACCACCAGAUCAGAAAAGGAAGGAGCGCAAAGCACAGAGGCAAGCAGCCAAAACACAAAUGUACGAUGACUAUUACUACUACCCUCCCCCUCCCCACAUGCCGCCUCCCGUCAGAGGCCGGGGCAGAGGUGGCAACCGGGGCGGCUACGCUUACCCCCCCGACUACUACGGUUAUGAGGACUACUAUGACUACUAUGGCUAUGACUAUCACAACUACCGAGGCGGCUACGACGACCCCUACUACGGGUAUGAUGACUUCCAGGCCCCGAGCCGGGGACGGGGCGGCAGCAGAGGCGCCAGGGGCGGAUCCUCUCCAGCCAGAGGACGUGGUGGCGCCGGGGCACCCAGAGGCAGGGCCAGCUUCUCCCAGCGGGGGGGUCCCGGACCAGGCCGCGGCGGGCGGGGAGCAAGAGGAGGCGUGCAGCCGAGAGGGCGAGGAGGGGUACGUGGUGCUCGGGGUGGCCGCGGUGGAAAUGUAGGAGGAAAGCGCAAAGCUGAUGGGUACAACCAGCCAGAUUCCAAGCGUCGCCAGACCAAUAAUCAGAACUGGGGCUCUCAACCCAUUGCUCAGCAACCGCUCCAAGGUGGUGAUCAUUCUGCAGGAAAAAGGGGUCGAGGCCGGUCCUGAUGUGUCGCUAUGAAGACUGACCCAGUGUAUGGCGUUACACACUGCAGGCUGCCAGUGGAUGGGAAUGGUAAGGUCAACUGACUCAGUGGUCCAAUGGUUUUCCAGCCUUUUUUUAAGGAGCAGCUCUCCUCAAACUGCUAUGUUCGAAGAGAAUCAGAAGAGCAAAACUUGAGCUUGCUUUUUUUUUUUUCUUUCCAAAAAGAAAAAAAAAAGGUGACUUUAAGUUUAUAAGCACCCUACCCCAAACAUGCCAUGUGGGACUUACUGAGUAGGAGUUUAUAAUGGACAUCCUUCUGGAAAAGUCUUUGCACUUUUUGUUUAAGUUUGAAGUGGUUUAGUGGAAUUUGAUGCCGAUUUUUUUUUGUCUCUUUGAGCUCUUAAACUACAUCUCUUAUGAUGGACUAGACCUGAUAAUCUAAAGCCCCUUUUACUCUGCCUGUGCAAGGCGGUAAUAUUGUGCUGUUAUGCUGACUCAUCAUUCUGUAGAAAAGGUAUGAUUGUGGAACGGGUGUUUAGAGUUGUCUCGCCUUUGAGCUAGCACUGGAAGUAAAAACUGCUAAAACUGUGUGAGUGUAAAUGAGACAGCGUGCAAGAGUGGUGUUGCGCUUUGACAUGUUAUGCAUUUUGCAGCUAACUCAAAGAAGAACAUCAGCCGAAAAUGUCCGCCAAUUGGGAAAACUGACAUUCGUGUAGGGAUGCACAAUAUUAUCAGCAUAUCAUUGGUAUUGUCAGAUAUUGGCUUUAAAAAGAAAUGUCGGUCAACAUGCUGAUUUCUGCUGUUAUGACAAUCUUAUAUUAUUGUAUUUCAUGUCUCCAUCUGCCGGUGAGCCAUCACAAUAAGAGUUUGCAUUAUUUAAUGUCAAUUCCAUUACAGAAGAGACUUGAUGGUGGUUAUCAGCAAAGUUGGAAAAUAUCAGCAAACAGGCUAUCAGCUAACAAUCCAAUAUCACGCAUCCCUACUUUGGGGAGCUCUUUACCCUCUGAGCAGAGGAUGAGAUCAGCUGCCAUAUAACAGAUGGUAUUAUUGCCAUGUUAUGCUCUUCUUAUAGCUCAGAAAGCGAUGCCUGAUACGGAUGUUUUCCGUCAUGCUAGAGGCAGACGCAGUUAUGUCACGUGUCUUUUUCAUCCACAAUGAUAAUGCUGUCUGAAAUCUCACACUGGAGCGGCACGCUGCUGCUGUUUUGUUGUGUAAAGACACAAAGGCAGGUGUCAUUGCGGCCCUUUAGUGCUCUCUCUUUGUAAAAAGGGCUUAUGAUUAUCAGGGAUAGUGUUGAGGUGUGAUCUUGAAGGUUGGGCAUUCCAGGAAAAAGGUUCUUUAAGAAACUCAGCCACCAAGGGUCUGUUAACUACCUCAGUUUCAAGGACUGCUCUGUCCCCGUUUUGUACUUGAGGAAACUGAGGCAGGGUUCAACCCUCUGCCAAACUCUCACCCUUCCACCUCAGAGAUAUGCACAGGCAACAACAGAGCACUUAAUGAAUUUAAGCUCUCAGCUGAGACUUGACGUAGACCGCUGCUACUGUCAGCACGUUAAAUGAGCCUGAACAAGCCUUGCUGUCUUGAUAACUGAACAGAGUGAUUAUGUAGUUUACAGACAGGAAUUGUUUUGUAACUUGUUAUUUUUCAUGUGUAAAAUGCCUGGAAACCACAGUCAUCCUUUGUCUUCCACGAUGGGAAAACUGUCUUAUGGUUUUGUUUGCACCCGUCAGUGUAGGGAUGUUUGCAAAGCGAUGUCUCAGGCUGUCUGCUCUGCACAAACAUCUGUGAUGUCAGAGGUCAUACGCGGAUAAGCACUGACAUCAAGUGAAUGCUACCUUUUUUUAUUUAGGCUCUCUAAGUAGGUCUGGAAAGAAAAUGAAUUGAUUUCCAGGUCCUGAUAAGUUUAAUAACUAAACAUGGCAUGGAGUAAGUUGUCAUUGCAAAAAGCAUGAUUAUACAUUUCACAUUGUAUGUCACUGUAGACUGAUUAUCAUGCCAUGUAUGUGGUUGUGACCGAUUUCCUAUAGAUAAACUGGUGUUAAUUCAUGUUCACACAUUAUACUGGAAAUCAAAAUGCUAAGAAUUUAAAGGAGCAAAUCAAUCCUAAUGUAUUAUUGGAUUAUUGGGGGGGUAAUGUACUUUUUUUUCAUUUUGGGCACGUUUUGCUUCACCAAUGUGUAAUAAUUUACCUGCAGUAUUGGUAGAGAUAACAACUACACAUAUUACCCGGACGACUUCCGAUGAUUUGAUAGCUUUUGUAAAUUUCCCAUUAAAGGUUUUCGGUUGUAUUUUCUUAGUUAAUGAAAAUCAAAAAUUCAGCUUGAAUGUAAACCCCGUCAAUAGAAAUUGUAAAAGAUCGGUCUAAUGGUAUUCUAUUUUUUUGUCCUUAUUGUCAACAAAUCACAUGAAAUGACCAAAACCUACAAUGUGUUAGUUCGUCUCGUAAUACUUUUCGACCUCUUGUUUGUGGAUAUCAGCACUCCAAGUUCCUCCUGAAGACGUAAAUCUUUAAAAACACAAAUAUAUAAUUUAAUUUAAUAAAAUGUUAAGUUUUCUAAAACAGCUGGUCACUUAGGUUUUAAUCAAAAAGCGAAGAAAUAGUGCAUUUGUUAGGGACUUCUUUCAGUGGUGGAAUAAUCCGCAUUUGGUGCUUUAGUGAAUAUUUGGGGCAGCAGGACGGUGUAUGUGGAUUUAAGUCAAAAUAAACUACAGUUAGUGUUCAUGGUUAUAAAGGAACGUGUCACCCAGUGCAGCAGCGUGGCUCUGGUGUGUUUUUAAUAGUUUCUGGACAAGAAUGGAGCUCUAUGGCACAAAAGGAGCGGGUUUAUUCGGCACCGAUACACAAAAUGCGGAUUUGUUGAUACAUUUAUUGCUAGUUUUGGGCUUUUUAUGGGAUUUGUUGACACUAAAAAUGUAGGAAAUCACCAGACUUGCCCCUUUGAAUGAUGUAGGAUAUUUACAAUUAGGAUUUGGUGGUGUUCCCCCUAAAUUUACAGUGUGUGAAGCAUUUUUUAGGACUUUAGGACACUUUACACCAAUGUUCAGCAAUCACAGAGGGAAAAUGCACAAAGAUCAGUUUCUUCACUCGUGUAAUGUAAUGCACCUUUGAGAUGUUUUAAGUUUAGGAUGUGGCCAUGGCUAUAUAGUAAUAUUUAUAUCACCCAACUCUCUUUAUAUAACCCCAGCUCUAUUCUUGGAGUGGUAAAAGGCAUUCUGGGAAUUGUAGGAAAUAACAGAAUGAAGCAGUUAACUGCAUCACAAACACUAUGAGAUUGGAUUUCUCCUUUAAGCUCUUUUAAAACAUCAUUAUUAUGUAUUAGUCUUUUUUUGUCUUUUGUGACAUUUGCCAUGAAACGCAGUGUCUUUGAAUCUGACUCAUGUUUAGCAUUCUUCAGAAAGGAUUGUGCAGCUUGUUCUUUCUCUUUUUACCGGGUUUGUGAAAAAGAGCCAGAUUACUUUUGUUUUCAUACUAGUAUUGACUCUGUUGGAUCUCCAAUUUUUAAGGGUCAAGAAUGAUUUUUUUUCAUUUUGUUUGUUAUUUUGCUAACAAGUGUGUUUGCAUUCUUGCAAAUGAAUUGUUUUAUACUGUACAGUGAGGUGAGUUAAACCUAUUUUUCUAAUAAAGUUAUUGACUCUGA